GAAAAAUAAAAAAAUUUUUUUUUGUCAAAAUAUCGAAAAAUAUCGAAAUAUAUUCUAGAAGACGUCAAAAGUUCCACACUUUUUAGGCUUGUAUUUCCUCAAGUCAGUUGUUUCCUCUAACUUUUGGUUAUCUCGCGUAUCGCCCUUAUCUCUCACUUAAUCAACCACCUGGGAUCAAGUGUGCAUUUCUCGUCAUAUCUGUACACUCGUCGUCGUUUUAAUUUCAGUUAUCGAUUAAAUUCGAAGCAAGUGUGCCGAGUAAGAAGAGCCUCUGUCAAAUCAAAAUACGUCACGUGCUAAUAACGCGACGCUCACGUGAAUCUAUCAAUGUGACUUGCAUACAUUUCUUCAAGAACUGUGAAUUAAAUGUGAUUUCUAUGGACUAGUUUCUUGGGCUAUCGAAAUUGAUGUCUGAAUGGACUGAUCGAGAAAAAAAACGAGCGAUGGAGGUUUUAGAAUCUAAGCUCGCUUGAGCUCUUAUGCAAUUUUUGUUUAACGUGUUUAGAAAUAAUAUACACUUUUUUUUAUUGAAUUUUAAUUAUAAAAUCUGGUGAAACUGUGAAGCUUCUAUGAGUGCUCUCUGCUUGAUACGGCACUUAACGUUCAGACCACUUUAAAUACUAUGUCUAAUAAUUAAACUGGCGACGAUCUGGCCAAACAUUAAUUCAUUAUCAGUCCCGACGUCGCGUCGUAAAGAAUAAGUGAAACAUGGCGAUUUUGGUAGCAGCGGAUUAUGCGGUAAUCGCAGUGACUUUGAUUAUCAGUUCUGGAAUCGGUGUGUAUUAUUGGCUCACUGGUGGGAAACAAAAUUCGACAGAGGAAUAUUUCAUGGCGGACAGAUCGAUGCGAGCGGCAACGAUCGCUAUAGGCUUAACGGUUUCGUACCUAUCCGCGGUCAGUUUGCUAGGAGUCAGCUCGGAAAAUUACGUUUAUGGUACCCAGUACGCCGUGAUCAAUCUCUCCUACGGACUUGCCACUCCGUUCGUCGCUCACUUAUACAUGCCGGUGUUCUUUAAGCUCGGCACGACUAGCGCUUUCGAGUGGGUCGACGAUCUGUUCGGUUGCUAUGUUCGAUAUUCCAGAAACGUGAAAGGCGCGCAAACUGCAAUUUGGUGGAGCUGGCCGUUAUCCUCUUUGAUGUCCCUGGGACUGUGUUUUUCUGGCCUGGCGAUAUACACGAAAUACCGUGACUGCGACCCUCUUCAGAGCGGAAGGAUCAAUUCGUACGAUCAAUUAAUGCCGCUUUACGUGAUGGACAUGCUCUCCGCGUAUCCAGGUGUGCCCGGGCUAUUUAUAGCCGGAAUUUUCAGCGCUGGUCUCAGCACCAUCUCCGCCACGGUCAAUUCCCUUGCUGCCGUUAUACUCGAGGAUUUCAUCAAACCUCUCUGUCGUCUCAGGGGCACGGAGAUUACCACGACCGGAUCGAUCAUCACCAGCAAGAUUCUGGCUGUCGCGGUCGGCGCCGGUUGCAUAGCAUUGGCGUUUAUAGGACACUACCUUGGCGGUCUCCUUCAGGCGGCUUUGACGAUUUUCGGUGUGGUCGGUGGACCCGUAUUUGGCAUGUUCACUCUCGGCAUGUUCACGCGAUCGGCUAAUCAGAGAGGCGCGAUCAUUGGUUUGCUGAUUAGUCUCGUUUUCUCUCUGUGGAUCGGUUUUGGUCAGCCGAAGCCACCGAUCCCAAACAAAGUGCACGUUUCCUCACCCAACUGUGGUAACGCGACUGCGUUUUACGACUACCAGGAACCGUCCCAUUUCGAAUACCAGCAACGUAGCAGUGACUCAUAUUUCUACUUAUACCGCAUUUCGUACAUGUGGUACUGUCCCUUGGGAAGUGCGAUCAGUUUCCUGGUAGGAUGGAUCGCCAGUUGGAUUUCGAAUCUGAAAUUUGGAAAGGAAUCACGAGAAUUGGAACCUGACUUAUUCGUGUCGAUUCUGGCCAAAGAAUUACGCAGAAAAAGAUUGAAAAAUACAAACGAAGUUCAUAGAAACGGUGCAUUAGAUACGAUCUCAUAAUUUUUUUAUUAUAUCAGAGAUUGUUAAUUUCGAGUUAAUUGAAAACUGAUUAAGAGACACGUGCUACGAUCAGAGUGAAGCCACAGUAUGAAAACGAACCAAGGAUACGUUGUAACGGAUGGAAUAAAAGUGGUACAGCUACAGUGAGACACGGCAUGACCAAACGAGUCGAAAAGAAUCUGUGAUAGAACGAGAAUAAGUCGGAUCAAGAGACACACUUCGAGUGGCGCAAGUAUAUAGAGCGAGGCACGGUACAGAGGAAACGAGACGAAAAGAAUGCAUGAUGGAACGAGAAUAACUCGGAACGGAUGGUAGUAGUCGUGAUAUUGCUCGGUUCCUCUCGGAAUUCCGAGUGGCUACUAUCGGCUGAAUGUUCUUCUUCUUCGGGUCUGCAAUGAGGAGCAGACGUAAACACCGACGCCGAGGCACGGGUGUGCUGAACGUUUACCGAAACGUUCGCAAAUCACGAUGGAAUGCCGUCAGACUGGUGUUCCCGUGCGCGGCACACGGUGACAUACAGAACGAAGCAACGACCCGUGCACCGUCCGCCGCUUACGUAAGGAAAGAACGUCGACUACCACGAGCUUCGUUUCGACUACCGAAGCCGCGUUAUUCAGUAGGCGAACGGAAUGCUUUUAACUUGCAACGCGUACAUCUGCGCCUGACCUCUUUCAAAUAAACUGUUCUAUCUCGCAAAUCUGAUUCACUGCUGUAGAGUAAACCUAAGUCUCGCUCACCGAUUUUCAGGGACACUGACACAGAAAUGUGUACGUUCAAUCUUUUUUUUUUAAUUAAAAUUGUUCCGUGUGAGAAAAUAGAUUAGUCGUAAUAAAAAAAUAAUUAAAUCGAUUGAUUCUGUAUCGAUCUGAAAGAUUCGAUUUUUAUCUUCUAGAAAUUUAUAAGUACUCAUUUCGAGGCUCGAUGAACACUUUUCAUUGAAACAUUAUUAAAAAUGCCCGAUAAAAUGAAACAUUUAAUACAGUUGAGUUGAGUCCUCUAAGAAUUAUUACUUUCGAGUAAUAAUUGGAAUCUAUGAAACUGGAUUAUUGAAAUUGUGAGUACCACCCUUAUGAAUCACUGUUUGAUUGCUAACAGUAGUUAUAGUAGAUAGACUCUAUUGAAAUUUUCAACGAAUAAAGACGGUACGAAUAGCAGUUGUUUUACUUGGAAAUCGACGGAAUUGAUAGUCGAGUAAUUUGGUUAUUCCUAGUAAUGUGGCUCCCGUUGUUCGGUUCUUGAUCUUACCCGGAGCGGUCUAUUACCCGUUCACUCUAAUCGAGUUCGCGAGAGGAGAAAAAAGAACGGGAAUAUUAACCGGAUUCUUUACGAGCUCAAUCAGCGGAAAUUUCUAAGCUUAUGGCAGAAAAUGCCAGCCGUUUCUCAUUCAUAAACGCUCGACGGUGAGUGCUGCUCGCCGAACGCUCUCAGCCAUAACGCAUACCGAAGGUUUUAUGAAAUAAUUGUAGUCAUGCUGUCGUCGCGAUUCUCGUCAGAUUUACAGUGUACUUCUUCAAGUACGACGUUGUCAAAACUGUUUGAUGAAUCUCUCUCUCGCGGAUUAAAAUAUUCCUUGGAUUUGUUUAAAAUUAAAUCACUUUCUCUGAUCUCUCGAGAGUCUUAGCUCUCGUGUGAUAUCCUACUUUCGUAUCAGCAUGAUUUACAUAAACUUUCGAACGUCGUUCGAAGAAUCGUCCUUCGAAUCACACAUUUUACUAAAUUGCUUCUUCCAGUAUAUUAAGAAUAAAAAUAAUAAGAAAUUGUUUUUAUUUUGACGCCUCAAAAUUAUGUUAAAAUCCAACAGCAUC